AUGGCUGAAGGUGUUUUCCAAGGUGCUGUCGGUAUCGACUUGGGUACUACGUACUCCUGUGUUGCGACUUACGACUCUUCUGUCGAAAUUAUCGCUAACGAGCAAGGUAACAGAGUUACCCCAUCUUUCGUUGCUUUCACUCCAGAAGAAAGAUUGAUUGGUGACGCUGCCAAGAACCAGGCUGCUCUGAACCCAAGAAACACUGUCUUUGACGCCAAGCGUUUGAUUGGUAGAAGAUUCGAUGAUGAAUCUGUUCAAAGUGACAUCAAGACCUGGCCUUUCAAGGUUAUCGACGUCAACGACGCUCCUCUCGUUGAAGUUGAAUACUUGGGUGAGACAAAGACUUUCUCCCCACAGGAAAUCUCCUCUAUGGUUUUGAUCAAGAUGAAAGAGAUUGCUGAGGCCAAGAUCGGCCAAAAGGUCGAAAAGGCUGUCAUCACCGUUCCAGCUUACUUUAACGACGCUCAAAGACAAGCUACCAAGGAUGCUGGUGCCAUUGCUGGCUUGAACGUUUUGCGUAUCAUUAACGAACCUACCGCCGCCGCCAUUGCUUACGGUUUGGGUGCCGGUAAGUCUGACAAGGAGAGACACGUUUUGAUUUUCGAUUUGGGUGGUGGUACUUUCGAUGUUUCCUUGUUGCACAUUGCUGGUGGUGUCUACACCGUGAAGUCCACUUCUGGUAACACUCACUUGGGUGGUCAAGAUUUUGACACUAACCUAUUGGAGCACUUCAAGACCGAAUUCAAGAAGAAGACUGGUUUGGAUAUCUCCAACGACGCCAGAGCUUUGAGAAGAUUGAGAACUGCUGCUGAGAGAGCUAAGAGAACUUUGUCUUCUGUUACUCAAACCACCGUGGAAGUUGACUCUUUGUUCGACGGUGAAGACUUUGAGACCUCCAUCACCAGAGCCAGAUUCGAAGACAUCAACGCUACUUUGUUUAAGUCUACUUUGGAGCCAGUUGAACAAGUGUUGAAGGACGCCAAGGUUUCCAAGACUCAAAUCGACGAGGUCGUCUUGGUCGGUGGUUCCACCAGAAUUCCAAAGGUCCAAAAGCUUUUGUCCGACUUCUUCGACGGUAAGCAAUUGGAGAAAUCCAUCAACCCUGAUGAAGCCGUUGCCUACGGUGCCGCCGUCCAAGGUGCUAUCUUGACUGGCCAAUCUACUUCCGACGACACCAAGGACUUGUUGUUGUUGGAUGUUGCGCCGUUGUCUUUGGGUGUCGCCAUGCAAGGUAAUGUCUUCGCUCCGGUUGUUCCAAGAAACACCACUGUCCCAACCAUCAAGAGAAGAACUUUCACCACUGUUGCUGACCAUCAAACUACCGUUCAAUUCCCAGUUUACCAAGGUGAACGUGUCAACUGUGCUGAAAACACCUUGUUGGGUGAAUUCGACUUGAAGGGAAUUCCUCCAAUGUCCGCAGGUGAGCCAGUCUUGGAAGCUAUUUUCGAAGUUGACGCUAACGGUAUCUUGAAGGUUACUGCCGUCGAGAAGUCUACUGGUAAGUCCGCUAACAUUACUAUCUCCAACGCUGUUGGCAGAUUGUCUUCCGACGAAAUCGAGAAGAUGGUCAACCAAGCCGAAGAGUUCAAGGCUGCCGACGAAGCUUUCGCCAAGAAGCAUGAGGCCAAACAAAGAUUGGAGUCUUACGUUGCUUCCAUCGAGCAAACCGUCACCGACCCAGUCUUGUCUUCCAAGUUGAAGAGAGGUGCCAAGUCUAAGAUCGAGGCUGCUUUGUCGGACGCCAUGGCCGCGUUGGAACUAGAGGACCCAUCUACCGAUGACUUGAGAAAGGCCGAAGUUGGUCUAAAGAGAGUUGUCACUAAGGCUAUGUCCUCUCGUUAA